CCCUAAAAAAAAGAACUCCAAUCUCAGACAAAACAGAGCGCUUCCUUUGUCCUUAACAACCGUCACCACCCCUUCCCAAAAAAAGAUGAGGCCUUUAGACGAGACCGAGACGACCGUAGUCUUCGAGAAGAUCUUCAAAUUCGUGGGCAACAACCUCAAGAACAUCGUCGAGAACCCAUCCCACGAAGGACCCGAAUCAGAGCCCGGCCGCUACUGCUUCCGCCUCCAGAAGAGCAGAGUCUACUACGUCAGCGAGUCCCUCGUGAAGCGAGCCACCAACAUCUCCCGCAAAAGCCUCGUCUCCCUCGGGACCUGCAUCGGGAAGUACACACACGCGGGGAGCUUCCACCUGACGAUCAUGUCGCUCAACCUCCUGGCGGCGAACGCGAAGCACAAGGUGUGGCUGAAACCCACCUCGGAGAUGUCGUUUCUCUACGGAAACCACGUCUUGAAAGGAGGGUUGGGGAGGAUUACCGAUAGCAUUGUCCCUGGGGAUGGGGUUGUGGUGUUCUCGAUGUCUGAUGUUCCGUUGGGGUUUGGGAUCGCGGCGAAGAGUACGCAGGAUUGUCGGAAGUUGGAUCCGAAUGGUAUCGUUGUGCUUCAUCAGGCGGAUAUUGGAGAGUAUUUGAGGGAUGAAGACGAGCUUUGAGACAGCAGAAAGGUUUUGUCUUUAUGAGGAUCUUGGCUUUGGUUCUGCUUGUUGUUUUAAGUUUUUUUUUUUAUUAUGAGGAUUAAGAGAUAUGUAACUGUUUCAAAAAGUUGUGGAACUUGGUGUUGGAUUUAAUGAAAGUCUCUAUUUUUAUGAA